CGUGUUCAAGAGGAGAACGGAAACCAAAACCCGUGACGAUGCUUUAGUAUAAAAGGGCACGAAUUUGGGCUCCAUCGACAUCAGUUCUUCAGCCAUCGACUAAACUCUUCAAAACUUUACAACCAUGAAAGUCGUGAUCGCACUAGCAUGCCUGAUGGCGCUUGCCGCCGCUCUUGACGAAACGGACGCAGUAGUUGAGGCAUCUGAUUUAGAUGUUGCCGAAUAUCACAGGCGCGGUGGGUACUAUGGAGGAUACCGUCAUGGAUAUGCAGGAUAUGGUGGUGGAUAUCGUGGAGGAUACGGUGGAUACGGAUGGGGCCGCAAACGUCGUUCGGUUGAAGAAGAAGCGCUUGCCUCUGAUUUGGAAGCUGCGGAACAUCACCGUCGAGGAUAUGGAGGCUAUGGAAGUCGCGGAGGCUAUGGUUAUGGUGGCUAUCGUGGUGGAUAUGGGGGCUAUGGUGGUUUUGGAGGUUAUGGGGGUCAUCGUGGUUUUGGGUUCUACGGUUAAAACCAAAAAUCAAUUUCCGAAGAUACCUGUGCGAUUGUUACUGUUCUGUUUUAACCUUUUCGCUCCACGUUACCAUUGUUUAAUUAGUCUGUUUCAAGACCCUUGCAAUGAUCGACUCGCAAAAAUUGGUGUGCUGUAACCAUUCGUUUUCUAAUUCAAUAAAGCGUUUGCAUUUUCA